CGAAGCGCAGUCCCGGCGCUGCGAGCCGCCGGCACGGAGACGCUUACCGCAGUGGCGACCCCGCGGCUGCUGGCGCUCGCCUCCCGUCCGCCCGGAAGCGCCGGCGGCCCCGCGCCUGGCCUUGGAGCCAAUGGCGCCUCCCGGAGCUGGGCCACACGUGGUGCCGCGCGCCGCGGCGGGGCGGGCCGUUCCGCCAUGUCGGCUGCGGGCACAGCGGCCGCAGGGUCCUGCGCUGCGGGCGGAGGGAGGGGACACAGCGCGUGCGGGGCAUGGACUGGAAGCGGAGCCUGAGGGGCCGCUUGGCCGCCCACCGCGCCCCUAAAAAGAGUGAGCAAGAGCUAAAAGAGGAAGAAAUGGAUUUGUUCACAAAAUACUACAUGGAAUGGAAAGGAGGAAGAAAAAGUGUUAACAUGUCAUAUACAAACAUACCAAGAUUUUAUUAUAGGCUGCCAGCUGAAGAUGAAGUCUUGCUUCAGAAAUUAAGGGAAGAAUCCAGAGCAGUUUUUCUGCAAAGAAAAAGUAGGGAAUUGUUGGAUAAUGAAGAGUUGCAGAAUCUGUGGUUUCUACUGGACAAACAUCAGACAUCACCAAUGACCGGGGAAGAAGCAAUGAUUAACUAUGAGAACUUCUUGAAAGUUGGUGAAAAAGCUGGACCUAAAUGCAAGCAGUUCUUCACAGCUAAGAUCUUUGCUAAAUUACUCCAUAAUGAUCCUUAUGGGAGGAUAUCUAUCAUGCAGUUUUUCAAUUAUGUCAUGCGAAAAGUGUGGCUUCAUCAGACAAGAAUAGGUCUCAGUUUGUAUGAUGUAGCAGGACAGGGCUACCUCAGAGAAUCGGAUUUAGAAAACUAUAUCUUAGAACUCAUCCCUACUUUGCCACAACUGGAUGGUUUAGAAAAAUCUUUUUACUCCUUCUAUGUCUGCACAGCAGUUAGAAAGUUCUUCUUCUUUCUGGAUCCUCUCAGAACAGGGAAAAUAAAGAUACAGGAUAUUUUAGCUUGCAGCUUCCUGGAUGACUUACUGGAGUUAAGGGAUGAAGAACUUUCUAAAGAAAGUCAGGAAACAAAUUGGUUUUCUGCUCCUUCAGCAUUAAGAGUUUAUGGCCAGUACUUAAACCUUGAUAAAGAUCACAAUGGCAUGCUCAGCAAAGAAGAGCUGUCCCGCUAUGGAACAGGGACUCUGACCAACAUAUUUUUGGACCGUGUCUUUCAGGAGUGCUUAACUUACGAUGGUGAAAUGGACUAUAAAACCUACCUGGACUUUGUGCUUGCAUUAGAAAACAGAAAGGAGCCUGCAGCUCUGCAAUAUAUUUUCAAAUUGCUUGAUAUAGAGAACAAAGGAUACCUGAAUGUCUUUUCCCUUAAUUAUUUCUUUAGGGCUAUUCAGGAACAAAUGAAAAUCCAUGGCCAAGAACCAGUUUCUUUUCAGGACGUCAAGGAUGAAAUAUUUGAUAUGGUGAAGCCUAAGGACCCUUACAAAAUCUCCCUUCAAGACUUAAUCAAUAGCAGUCAAGGAGACACUGUUACCAGCAUUCUAAUUGAUCUGAAUGGGUUCUGGACAUAUGAGAACAGAGAGGUCCUUGUGGCAAGUGAUAAUGACAGCACUGCUGAUGUUGAUGAUACGUGACUUCGAACAGGAGCAGACUGUACCCAUAGAGAUCCCUCAAUCUGAUGCACUGACUGGUGGAAGCUGGAAACAUUCAUUGUCUGAAUCAAUGCCUCUUCCAUUUUACUUCCCUCCCCUUCUCCCUCCACGUAAUAUAAAAUGUGGUACGUACAUGAAUCGCAGAAGUCAUUUCUGAAACCAAAAAAGCAAAUGCUGUUAAAGAGGUUAAAAGUAUCUUCUUUUUUUAAUAAAUAUUUUUGGACUUUU